AUUCCUCAACUCUAAACUGCAAACUUGGUUUCGGCUGCUGCAGGAAGUUGGAUUUCCUGCUUACUCACUCUCUCUCGUUUAUUGUCAUCUUCCUCUUCCUCCACAGGAGUUCUCCCCUUCAGACUACAGGAAUAACUCUGUGUCCAGCAGAACCCCCACCCCACCAGGGCGCUACUCCCCCCACAGCCCCAUCGAUCGGGAUGUUCCCAUGUCCCCUCGUCGCAGCAGUUCGAGCUCUGACUUUGCCAUGCAGAAGUUCGACAGGGACUCUGAGGUGUACAAGAUGAUCCAGGAGAAUAAGGAGUCUCGCACGGCGCCUCGGCAGUCCAACACCUUCAAAAUGCUGCAGGAGGUCCUGGAGGCCGACGAGAAAGAGGCAGCGCUGCGAUUCCCAGGACUUUCGCCCAACAUUCCCAAAUCAAACUCAUCAGUAGGAGGCGUCAAAAGCACCCACACCUGUGAGAAGUGCGGCACCGGCAUUCUCACACUGGCCGUGCGCAUCUCAGACGACCGCUUCCGCCACGCAGAGUGCUACACGUGCACAGACUGCGGCCUUAACCUCAAGAUGAGAGGUCACUUUUGCGUCGGAGAUGUGAUGUACUGUGAGAAGCACGCCAAAGAGAGGUACCAAGGCCCAGGAACGUCCCCUCAGGCCACCAUCUCCCCCCGCCAGUGAGUCUGCCUCUCCACCACCCCCCCGCUCCGGACGUAGAGUGCUGCUCGUCUGCCUGAAGCUCCACACGAUCUGACUCAGUUAUAGACCUUGGGAUGGGGCGUGAGGUGGACAAUUGUCAACAAAAUGGCAGAGGAUGUUCUUUUUUUCUGAUCACAUUUAACCAUAUUUUGCAAUAUUAUGAUUCACUUUCUUGCCUUUCUUAUAAUCGUGUGAGAAGUGGGGCUUUGUUCUCCAAAUGGCCUCACUUCAGUUCUUCAUGGUCCCACCGGGGAAAAUUGGGCUAUCAGCAAGUAUAGAUAAAACAAAUAUAGUGAACACAUAACAGUACAACAAUAUAGUUUAUAACAAAAAGGCACACUUCACGUUAUUCUUCACUUUAUUGUGGCACAGCCGCAAUGGACUAAAGCCACAUCACAAUGGCCAGAUUCACAGAACGCCAACACUUUAGACAAAGUCACCAGGACUGGCUCUCCGAGGAUCUGGAUUUGAAUCUUUUGAAUCUCCUGCUGACGCAAAGGGACCAAAAUCUUACCGACACCUGCGCUGCAUGCCAUUUCAAAAUGUACUGUAAACAGACAGUGCUAAGUGUGUUUGUGUGUGUAUGGAUGCAUGCUUUCACGUGCAGUGUGACUGUGUGUGUGUGCGAGAGAGGGAAGGGAAGUGGAAUCCAAGUUGUUACAGAUGCAAAGGAGUUUGUGAAUGUUGUGCUCGUUUCAGGCCAAAAGCCCUUGAAUUUUUCUAUUUUUCUUUUGUAAGAAAAAUGUAUGAGUAGAAAUAAUGAAAAAAAUAUUUUCUGACUUGUUUUGCUUUGUUGCUUAUGAGGGACUAUAGACUAAUGCAAAAUAUACAAAUAUUUGUGAUGUUUUUGUGAUUGAACUGUGUUCUAUAAUAUAGACCAUAAUGUAUGCACAGGACAUUUAGUAUGAAAAGAGUUGAUGAUACAUUUGUCCAGUUGCAGCAUCACUCGGAGAUACACUAUGUUCACAUUUCAUGUGGCACUUAAUAAAAUCGCACAACCUAAA